AUGGUUACUAUAGAAUUUAUACGGACCGUUUACAAAUGUAAACAUGUUCAAAGUAACGAAACCGUUGCACUCAAGCGUGUUCAUUUGCAUAUGAAAUCUCUAUCGGAGGAAGGUGUUCCUAAUAACAUCAUUCGAGAAAUCAAAGCGUUACAAGAAAUUGAAGAUCAUGAAAAUAUUGUUAAGCUACUUGAUGUUUUCCCGCAUGGAAUGGGUUACAUCUUCGUAAUUGAGUAUAUGCUAAGUGAUUUAACGGAAGUGAUUCGGAAUGUCAAUCAGCCAUUGACAACUUCGCAGAUAAAAAGUUACAUGAAAAUGCUAUUAAAUGGUGUGUCAUUUUGUCAUGAAAAUCGAAUCAUGCAUCGAGAUUUGAAACCGGCAAACUUAUUGAUAAGUGCAACUGGACAUUUAAAAAUCGCUGAUUUUGGUUUAGCAAGAAUAUUUGACAAAGCUCAACCACAACGACAAUACAGUCAUCAAGUUGCAACAAGAUGGUAUCGUGCACCAGAGCUUCUUUAUGGUUCACGCAGUUAUGAUGAAGGUGUUGACCUAUGGGCAGUUGGAUGCAUAUUCGGUGAAUUAAUCAAUCGCAGUCCGUUGUUUCCGGGAGAGAGUGAUAUUCAUCAAUUAUGUUGUGUAUGCAAACUUCUUGGAACACCUACUGAAGCUCAAUGGCCGGAAAUGAAGAAAUUACCUGACUAUGGCAAAAUUAGCUUUGAUGAUUUCGAAGGAAUGAAAUUCGAAGAUAUCGUUCCCGAAGCCUGUUCGAAUGCUAUUGACCUCCUAAAAAAGUUCCUCGUCUAUCCGUCUAAACAGCGGAUCAGUGCUCAGCAGGCUUUACUACAUUGUUAUUUCUAUACAUCGCCAUUACCAUGUCAUCACACGGAAUUACCGAUUCCUGCUCGACGAAAGAACCGUCAUGUCUAUGAAUUCGACGUUAAACGAAAUUCUUCGCAUCCGUUCGGUCACUAUCAAAGCGUAACAACAGACUAUGUCAGUGAGCAGAAUUUAUCAUUUCCGCCCGUUCUGCUUUCACAAUCUCAACAUCAUCAUCGUCUAUCUUUCUUUCUUAUCAACCAAAGACAACUAAAACUCGGCAUUUGCUAUACAUAUAUCUGUCGAUCUAUUAUUUAUAAAAUUCUAAGUGAGGAAAAUGAACCAUAUGCUGUUCUAUUCGUUUUAAUUAUCAAUGAAAAAUCAGGCCCCAUCGACGUAUGUGAACAUGUCUGCUUAUGUAGCAUUAUCAUGCUUGAUUGCAUUUGCUAUCAUCUCCGACCGGUACUUUCGGAAUCGAUGCGCAAAUUCUCGACCUCAUUUCAUCGUCCACAAUCGAUUACAACGUCGAGUUUAUCUUUAGCAAAAUCAACAUCGGAUCCGUGUGUUAAACCAGCUGAUCUACCUGCGGUAGUCAAUAAAAAUCUCAUUGCUGUUCCUCAAAAUCUACCUUCGACAAACACUCAAAUUAAUAAAACGAUUCCUCGUCGUUCCUACGGUUCAUCAUUGUUGAAUCCGUUUGUUUAUACUAAUUUCGGCACUGAAGACGGAACAGAUGAACGAACACCGCCGUCGUAUCCCGUUUUACACUUCAGUUGUGAAUAUAACCCAUCAACCUUCAGUAUUCGAUUAAAUGUCCAAAACUUACGUCAUAUGAACUCGUUAUUAACAUCAUUGAAUUAUCCAAUAACGAAAGAUGCAUAUAUAUUUCUUCGAUUUACUAUCUUCUCAACAACAGUAACUGGUGAACCGUAUGAAACGUCAUUACAACAUUUUCAAGAUUUUAUCCGUUUCGGUGAAACGUUCAAUAUAUUGAGUAAUGUUCGGGCAGGCGAUGUAUUAAACUAUGAGGUUAAAUUCUUUCUCAUGCUAUUAACAGAUAACAAUAUGUACGAAUUAGGUGAAGCUAGCUAUUCGACAAAGGAUGAUCAAUUAACGCAUAUUUUGUACAUCGAACGUAUUCUACCAAUUCGUCUGGGGAAAAAAUUGAAGUCAGCAACGAGCGAAGAUAAUGCUUAG